CCGCGGCGGGCAGUCGUGUGCGCGCCUCCGUGGCUGAACGUUUUUUCGAGAGGCUUUCUGCGGGACACUGCAGCACAACAUCUUCACUCCGUCUCGAUGCAACCCGCCGAGAUGUCGGCGGCGCGAGUGGCCACGAGCUUGCGGACCGCGAGCUUUCGCCUGCCGCUCAGGUUUCGCGUCGUUUGAAACCGUCCGCUCGUGUGCGCGAGGGCAGUUUUUUUCUCAAAGAAGUCAAGCGAAAAUCGUUGGAAAAGGAGGACUGCAUCGGCCCUAGUCUCUCGCGAGCAGCUCUUGAGCUGCGAUAGGAUCUGUCGGGGCAGCGGCGGCGGUAGCGGCGCUCGUGGAACCCGUUGCGCCUCUCUCUCUCUCUCUCUCUCUCUCUCUCUCUGUCUCUUCUCUUUCACUCUCGCAGACAGGUAGACCAUAACGCGGCUGCGGCGGCAGGUAGUAGCGUACGCGCUCGGUAGCCAUGAGGUAGUGUGUAACCGUCGUCUAGUCGCUCUCCAUGCAUGUGAUUCCUCUGGCGAACGCUGAGCGAGCGAGCGAGCGAGAGAGAGAGAGAGAGAGAGAGAGAGAGAGAGAGAGAGAGCAGUGAACCUGAGGCGCUUCGCGCACCUGCGCGGAGUCGGUGCAUUUCUAACGCCGAGGAUACGCGAGUGCUGACUGAGUGAAAACACAAGAGGCGAAGAGAGAGCCAUGGUGUUCCUCGGGAGAAAGGAGAAGCGAGUCGGCGAGCGGGACCGCCGGCUCCUCCAGAGCAUGGACGCCGUGCAGCAGGACGUCAACAAAGUCGCGCACUAUGAUAACGCGGCUUUCAUGCGCUCCCGCGACGGGAUAGCACCGGCUGCACAGCAGGAGGAGGAGGAAGAUGCACAGCCGGAGGACAGCAGGACGCAGCUGGACAGGAGCCCCGAGCCACAGGACACGGACCUGCUCUUCCUCGACGCCUUCAUCGGGGAUCCGCUCGUCAGGUCCCUCGUCCAGGUACAGGAACGUUUGGAGCACCCUCCGGUCCACGCGACUCCAGUCUGCAGCUCGAUCGUCGAGACGGUCCAGCAGAUAAGUCGCGCCCUCGAGCCGUCCCGUAAUCCGGAGUCUCGCGAGCUUUUGCUGCUGCUGCGGGGCAAGCAGCUCCGCACUCUGCUGGAGACCCACGACGCGGUCGUAGCGGCGCGACUUGCCAACGGCGAGCGCGAACUCGAGGAGUCGCAGAAACCCGAGAACGAGAGGCAGAAGCCGAGGCCGCUGCUCAGGACGAUGCCCAGCAACGACGACAGGCCUGCCGAGGCCGUCCGGAUCGUCGGUCUUAGGAGGAAGCCCGAUGAACCUCUGGGCCUGACGAUUCAAGUGGACGAGAACGGCAACCUGAUAAUCGCGCGAAUCCUCGGCGGCAGUACCGCUGCGAGUCAGGGCCUCCUACGACCAGGCGAAGUCAUUCUCGAGGUAAACGGGAAGCAGGUGCGCAAUCCCGACGAGCUUCAAAUCGCCAUCUCUGACGCCAAGGAGAACCUCACACUCAAACUCGCGCCCGGCAUCUCCGCCGAUGGCAGUAAGCCCAUCAAAUCGACGGAGUCCGAGAGCAAGUGCUAUAUGCGUGCGUUGUUCGACUACGAGCCAACGGAGGACUCGCUGCUGCCCUGUCGGGAGAUCGGCCUGCCCUUCCAGAAGGGUGACAUUCUGCAGAUCGUGGACCAGGCUGACCCGAACUGGUGGCAGGCACGCCGCAUCGAAGGCAACAGCCUCGGACCACCAGGUCUAGUCCCCUCGCUGGAGCUCGAGGAGCGGCGCAAAGCCUUCGUUCCUCCGGAGGCCGACUUUGUGCACAAGAUCAGCAUCUGCGGCACGCGUAUCUCGAAGAAGAAGAAACGCAAGAUGUACCAGUCCAAGUCGAACGGCGAAUUCGACGGGGCCGAGCUAUUGCUCUACGAGGAAGUCGCGAGGAUGCCACCCUUCAGGCGCAAGACUCUCGCCCUGGUCGGUCCAAGAGGUGUCGGUAGGAGGACGCUGAAGAACCGGCUGAUCAACAGCGAUCCCGAAAAGUUCGGGACCAUCGUGCCUUUCACUUCGAGGCCGCCACGAGUACUGGAAGAGAACGGCAAGAGCUACUGGUUCACCGAGCGCGACUCGAUGGAGACAGACAUCCGGGAGCACCGUUACCUGGAGCAUGGCGAACACGGUGGUCACCUCUAUGGGACGAAGCUCGACUCGGUGCGCGAACUCAUACGCGCCGGCAAGAUGUGCGUUCUUGACUGCAGUCCUGCAGCUCUCAAAAUUCUCCACAACAGCACCGAAUUCAUGCCCUACGUCAUCUUCAUCGCCGCACCUGGUAUGGAGCAACUCAAAUCGCUCUACGACUUGGGCAGGUCAACUGGGGCCAGCAAUCGAAACCUUACGUUUGAUCGCCAGAGUUCCAUCAGAUAUAGUUCAAGACGCGCCAGAACCCUGGAAUCCUUGGCAUCUCUAUACGAGGAAGACGAUCUAAAAUCGACAGUGGAGGAAUCAGCAGCCCUACAGCGUGCCUACGAGAAAUACAUCGACUUGGUGAUCGUCAACGAAGAUUUCGAUCACACCUUCCGACAGGUUGUUGCGGCCCUCGAUGCUCUCGCAAGCGAAGACCAGUGGGUCCCGGUCAACUGGAUCUAUUAAGCACUAUUACUAGCCUAUACAGCCAAUUUGUAUAUAUAUAUAUAUAAGGAGAAACAAAAAAGAACAAGAUAAAGAAUAGACAGAGGCAGGCAUUCCGCAUUUACGAGUUUGCGAAAACUUUUGAUAUCGGUCUUUACAUCUGAACCUUUUUAUUAUAUUAUGAUUUGCUCUUUUAUGUUUAAAAAUAUUAUUAUUAUUUUUAUUUUCAUUUUAUAAUGAACAGUAAAGUAAUACUUUUAAAAAUUAUUAUUUUGCAUUACGGACGAAGGAUAGGUAGAUUGCUCGAGUUACACUGUUUAACAGUUGACUUUGAGACUACCUUUACUUCUUUUAUGAAUUGUAUUCGAACGCGCGAGUAACGGAAUCGCAAAAUUACCAAGUACAAGCUUAGAUUCAAAGAUAAGUUGUUUUUUUGUAGCUUAUGUGAAUGAAAAAUCUUGAAAGAUUUUCAUUUUUUAUUAUUAUUAUUUUUUUUUUGCAUCAGAGCGCCGUCCAUUUAUUAAUUAUAAGUUCGCCAAUGAUUUACACGAGUUAAAUGAUUCUCAUCUUAUUGAUAUUUUUUCCAUGAAUUGCUUUCGAUUUAUUAAUUCUUCUUUCUUUUGAUGGCAUUGACUCGAUAUAAUGCACUGAAUUAAAAUUAUACGUAUAUUCCUGGCACGCGUUGCCUUAAAUUCUACAACCUUGAUUGCUAAUAUUUCAAAAUUUAUCUGCUAACGUCGCGAUUUUGUAAUGAUACCAAUGAAUAUUUUUUCACGCUACAUCACGAAGAAACUACUGUAUAAUUUUAUGCUAUAAUUAAAAAAUAUAAUCGAACUAUAUCAAGACUGUACAAAUUUUGAAAUAUCUGCAAUGGUCUUGGCUUGAAAAUACCAGCGCGAUUUUACUUGUGUUAUAUGUCGCACGAAAACACAUAACAACAAUAAUUAAGAUUAACUUACGAAAGCAAACAAUCAUCACAGUAUAUGAUGAGGAUAUGCAUUACGUAUAGGAGAAACAAAUUAUAAAAAUAAAUAAAUAUAUAUAUAUAUAUAUAUAUAUAUAUCUAUAUUUUUUACUGUAGAAAGAGUCGUUAUGUCGAGCUGAACAUUAAAUAAGGAAUGACGAAAAUUAACUAGAACGGCACUAAGAUAUUACUCGACGAUAACAGCGUUCGGAUUUGAAAUAAAUACGAUCAAAAAGUGUGAUGAAUGAGAUGAAUUAAAUUUAUAAAAUCUUUGUUACUCACAA